CAUGUCAAAAAUUAUUUGACAUUGCCCGGGUUGAACGAGACGGAAGUUGGAGCUGUGUUGUGAAAUCUCCUCUAAAAGUUAAUUGUUUCUCUACUUCUUGGAUUGUAGCUAUGGCUUCUCCGCGGACACGUAGGAAGUUGACUUCCAUUAAAAACAUUGAUGAGAACGACAGAUGUUUUGAGUGCGGGUCGCUGAAUCCGCAAUGGGUGUCGGUGACGUACGGCAUCUGGAUCUGCCUGGAGUGCUCGGGGGUGCACCGCAGCCUCGGGGUGCACCUCUCCUUCGUGAGAUCUGUCACCAUGGACAAGUGGAAGGACAUUGAACUGGAGAAAAUGAUGGUGGGAGGUAACUCAAAGGCGAGAGAGUUUCUGGAGAGCCAGCCCGACUACAAGCCGGGGAUGACCUUGCCGCAGAAGUACAACACGAAAGCCGCUGCCAUGUAUCGCCAGAAGAUAUCAGCGCUGGCUGAGGGCCGGUCGUGGAGCCCCUCAGACUUCAAGUCGGAGACGGUGGACCGUCAGCAGGAGUGGGGGGCCUCCCACAACUCCUACUCGUCAGGGGACGCCCCUCUGCACACGAGUGGGUCGGACAACAAUAUCAGCUACCACAGUAGCAGCCAGAACCGCUACACCGGGUUCGGCAACGCGCCCCCGCAGACGCAUUCCACACCGAUGUCGCCCGUGCACAGCGGGAACGAGAUGGUGGACAACACCAUCGCUUCACUGGCCACCGGCUGGUCAAUGUUCACCAACUCGGUGACUAAGGUGGCCAAGAGCGCGACCGAGAACGCGGUGCGGUACGGCGGCAUCGCCUCGCAGAAGGUCACCGAGAUGGCCUCUACCGUCACUGAGAAGGUGAACAACCGCGGCGGCUGGAGCUCCCUCGGCGGGACAACAGACGCCCAGCGCCGCGCGUCCAACUGCGUCGCCGGCGCCUACCAGACCGGCGGCUACGGAGCCAUGAAGAGUUCCACCUCGGAGCCCUACUCGCAGUGGAACGAGCAGACUCAGCCGUGGCAACAGGAGUCGGUCGCGGCUCGCAACAACAUGGAUGCCCGUGACCUCUCGCAGGUGGGCGUGAACAGUCCCCCCCCUGACAUCAAGAACUUGACCAUCCGACAGAAGAAGAAGGACGACGAGUCGUGGGAGUGGCUGAACAACUAGAUCUAAUGCUGAUCCUAUCACCUAAGCUCAACGUAAUGUUAAAUUUGUCUGCCUGCCAAUCCUGUUACUGUAAAACCUCUUAAAUAUGUCCCCUUGUGCCUUUCUUUUUAUUGAUUAUAAAAAAGAACUAUCUAAUCUAAAAAGGUUUAACACCAAUUAUUUGCCCUUAUUGCUAUUUUGGAACUUUGUCUUUCGAUAAAGGAAAAAAGCGAACUGUUCGGGCAUAUCGGGCUCACUUUAGCUAAAGCGCUGUGGAUUAUCCUUAUAUGAGUAUGCUAUGAUAUUGCUGUCCAUUACGUUAAGAUACUUGCUAUGUGACGUUACAUUUGUACUAAAGUACUAUUGUUGGUCCUUUUGGACACUUUAUAUUCGUUGCUGAUUGUGCUUUGUUGUGACUUUAAUAUUGUAAACAUAGAGAUGGAUAACUGCAUCGAUUAACGUAAUAAUAUAUUGUGUACCUAUUGUUAUUUUUAUUGGUCAUAGCGAUGUAGCACCAUAUCUUAAUACUUAUUAUAUUAUAGAGCAUUAUCAGUGUAUUCGGUGGAUCUUGUAUUAAUAGGAUUACUGGUUAGAUAACGAUGAUUGUUGUAAGACCCUUUCUUUGUCGCCAUCACAGUAUAUUCGAUAGGAUUAAAAUAAGGUGCCAAAACAUGUCAUGGCCACCUUCUAAUAGGCAAUCGCGCGACUUCGUUUAGCAUUAUGUAUUUCAUGUCUAAAUAAAUUAAUAGUAUAAUUUACUGUGAAACUUUUAAUUGAAUAUAAGUAUAAAUUUGAAUUAUUGUAUUUAAUGAAAAAUAUCGAAAUUUUUAUGCUAAAGCAUACACAGAGGAGUUUAUAUUUCGGGAGGGAAAAAGAUUAUCUUCUUAUAUUUGAAAAUGUAUAUAAUAUAUUUUAAACUACGUGUCACGUUUUAUAUAAUUAUUAUAAACAUAGAUAGAAGAAACGAACGGACUUAAAAUGGAGCGAUUAUGUGGUAGAUUAUAAAUGAACGGACUAUGAUUAUCAUAAUAUUAUACAUUUUCUAUAUUCUUUAUUUUACAAUAUUAUUGCAUUCCUAAUAAUUAUAAUGAUAACAAGAACUAAAUUAACUUUUACUUAUAGCAUAUAUUUUAAAUUUAUUAAAAUUUUCUAAUUAUUUUUAGUAUGUGUGUAAUCACUGAAAGAGUUAAUCCUUUAUAAGGCUCUGAGCAAUAUAUGACCAUCAUAUUUUGAACUUUAUGACAUCGACUAUAGGUCCAAAACCAUUGAAAUAUUGGAACUUAUUCUGCCUUAUAAAGGGUUAAAGGAAUCGAAUUUCAGUAGGAUAAUAGGAUUUUUAAAAUAUAUUUGUCAAAGUUGUUAGUUAUAUUUGUAUAGUAACUUACUUAAAAUUUUGUUUUAAACAGUGAAACAGGCCCUAUCAUUUCCAUAUACAUUAAGUAUUUUAUAAUUAUUAUAAAAAAUAAUAACUUGACUGCUCAAAACUUUUACAAACAUAAAUCGAAUUACAAAGUAAAACCGUUACAAUACUCUAAGACUAAAAAAAAUUCAGAAUGUAAUAUGUUAAAUAUUACUUGACAUAAGUUAUACCUUCUUUGGCAGAGUCUACAUAAGAAUUAUCACUAUUUUAUGGUAUGCGAUUUAGCGAUAUCGUAUAAACUUUUGUAUGGCUCCGGAUUAUCACUACAUUUUGGCCUACUAUAUCAAUUUAGCAACACCCUGUUUAAAUAACUAUAAUGUUCCGGCUACUUUUUGUAAGCUGAAUUCCGAAAUACGCGUUCCAUUUUUUAUAAAGAAAUACUCUAGAGACAGAAUGGAUUAAAGUGUAACUUUUUUAUAAUUAUUUCAAAUUUAAAAAGUUUAGUAGUUUUGCCUCGGUUACUUCUCUUAAAAAGCCUUUCUUUGUAUGAAUGCUUUCUAUUGAACAUAAAGUAUAGAUUCUGAUGCAAAAUUAUUGAUAGUUUUAAUGAAAGAGAUCAAGAGAAAAACUUUUAUUGAGGUCAAAUAUUUUACUUUGUUUUAGUGUAAGUAGUUAAUUUGUUUAUUGAUUAGGUUACCUACAACAGUAAUAUUUAUAUUCCUUUAUUAUCUAAGACUUGCUGUAUUUUUUUAUAUUUAUUAGGUAAAUAUAAUAUUAUUAUGUAGAAACCAGAAUCUUGUUUACGGCCUUAUCAACAUUUUAAAUUUCAAUAAUUAAUAAUGUAAGCAUUUUUUUCUCAGUAUCUGGUAAAUUAAUCAUGGAUUAUUUAUUUAUAUAGGUACAUAUUUUAAUGUUAUCACUCUUACUACAACAAUAUAGAGAUCAGGGGCGUACCCAGCUAGAAGAUAAAAUUAACGUAAAUUUGCCUGCCAAGUGGGAAUUUUUGCGACCAUCAUCUCGAAACAGGUAUGAGCUGCCCCUCCCUAGCUGAAAUCCUGGGUAGCUGCCCCCCCCCCCCUAGCUGAAAUCCUGGGUACGCCCUUGGUGAUAUGUCUACGCCAGUUUACCAUCACAACUGUCAAUAAAUUAUUAUGUACCUACUUAUCAAAAGUAAAAUGAAUGUGCAGGUUUUAUCAAAACAGACAAUGAAAAAUAUACCAGUGGGUAUUCGUGAAGUUUUGACGAAGCUGUCACA